AUGUCAGCCAACGAAAACCCCGAAAACUAUGCCCUCUUCAGGGAUUGCUUAUCAACCACCCUUCUCCAACCUGCAUCCCCGGCCCCGCCCAAACGCCGUCGGCGUCGCAAGAACUCGGCCGCUACUCCAGCCGCUACAGCAUCCACUCCGGCUCCGAACCCGGAGAGGGACGCCGAAGAGCUUGCUGACUUUGUAGAUUAUCUUGCUGCAGAGAUAUUCGAGAAUCUUCCGGAUGAGCUGCAGACCUUGGAGUAUCGAACCUGGAGGGACAACGAGGCGUUGCAGGAGCAGUAUUCUCUUCCUCUCACAAAGGAGAGUCUCUCCGUGUUAAACCUGCCACCUUCUGUUGUUGAAACAUUGACGACUUACAACCUUAUCUCUGCCGAUCUAUACACUACAUCGCAUCUCCCGUCCUCCCCCGAGGCAUUCUUACUCCCCAUCAUAACCUCGUACAUCACUCCCCUCAUCGAGCCACCUCCCGCUACACGGGCCACCCGUGCCGACGCCUGCGAGCUUUGUGCUCGAUCUUGGGUCCCUCUGUCAUACCAUCAUCUUAUCCCAAGAUUCGUGCACGAAAAGGCCGUCAAGCGAGGUUGGCACCGCAAGGAGGAUCUGCAGAAUGUAGCCUGGCUGUGUGGUGCGUGCCAUCGCUUUGUGCACAACUUUAAAACUCACGAGGAACUCGCUCGGGAUUACUACACUGUUGACCUGUUGCUCGAAGAGGAGGAGGUUCAAAGAUGGGCUGCAUGGGUUGGAAAGUUGAGAUGGAAGGGAAGGUAG